AUGCUCUCCUCCACAAAGCCUCGCUCGCAUCAGCCACGCAACUCGCACACCUCAUCAUCUAUAUCUUCGCCACCCGUCGACAUUCCACCCUCAGACACAAUUCCUGCCACUCCCCCUUCCAACAGUACUCCGACGCCUGGCGCGAGGAGGCCCUCCAUCUCUACUACCAUGCACUGGCUGUCUCGUAGUACCACACAACACAACACACCAUAUACACCAUCCAAGCCAGUCAAAAUUUCGGAACCAAAGCUCGUCCGGGGAAUCGAUACUUUGGCACACCCGCGCAACGGGGCCCUUGGAACUGGCGCUACUGUCGUGCGGACGCCAGACGAGGCCCUUAGGGAAACAGGAAUUCGACUGACCUUUGACGGAAAGAACAACGAAACCCCAAGGCCUUCGAAGCCCCGGAAAGAGAAGAAGGCUUCCAUCUCAAAGACCAUAGGGCAUAUCUAUCCCGUCGGUGCCGCCUUCGUCGACUACUCAGCACCAAAUAGUCCACCACUACCGCCGCUUCCCGUACCGGAGUCGGACGAAGAACAUGUACUUUCUCGUUCCAGCACAGAGAGUGAAAGGUCUUCACCGAAACGCCCUACCGGAGCUGCGGCCAGGCCUUCACCUGCACCCGUUCCACGCUCCCCAUCUCUCCGACCUUCGCUGAAGAUUCGGUCAACCAUUAGCUCCGAAGACGUGGUACCUCCGCUACCAUCUGCUGUUCCUGCUCCCAGCUGUCCGCCAUUCAAACCCAUUCUCAUGUCUGAAGUUCCAAGUCACCCAGUCGAUUCGGAGAAGGUUAUCGUAACAAUCGAAACCUGUACGGUCACUUAUAAAACAUCAUUAGAAACGCUCAGGUCCCGACCAUCCAACCUUUCGAAAUAUAUUGAUUCACUUCUUUCACCCCAACGCACCAAAUCCUCAACUUCAUCUGUUUACUCCGAAUCCGACAGCGACCACGAACACAUGACAGUCUAUCGACAACAUCUUGCAUCACAGGGCCUACUACCACAGCCAUUCUAUAACAUCCACCUCUUCUUAGAUCGUCCUAGUUCUCCCUAUGGUCACAUUCUCACCUAUCUGCGUUCUCCUCCAGCGCCAGAACAUCCUGAAUGUAUACCACGAGCAAUCAUGUACCAACAAUCCACAGGCGCGCGACUAGAGAGUCUCAUCGAAUUACGAGACGAAGCGGCCUAUCUGAAGCUGGACGCACUGCACAAACUGUGUGUCGACGAGAUCCGCAAAGGACAUGCACCCAAGAUGCACGCGCGUGGCAACAGUACAAGCGGUCAAUCCAUUAAUUCCGUGCAUUCCAUGCAGGCUUCCUUGUGCACGAUGCAGACCCUUCCGGAACGCGUCGAACCUGACACCAGGGUCAGCUUGCACAGUCUGGGUGUUUCCAAGUCAGAAAGGGAUCUGAAUUCCCUUUCUGAUCAAUCGACUGCACCGUCAUCGCGAGGCCCACCCACUCCUCAUUCUUGGGAGAAUGGGUUUGCGCCUGGCCACAUGCGUAACAGAAGUCUGCCAGCAACCCGUCCGCCGAAAAAUCCGCCUCCGGGUUGGAUAUGA